CUCCCUCAGCUAGUGAAAGGUCUGCAAUCUCCUGCUUCAGUUCUUUGUCCUUUCUCAGAACUUUCUCCCACUUGGACCUGCUUCUCUUUGGAAUGGUGCUGGUGUUCUGCUGUCUCUUACAUAGAUCGACCAGCCAAGAUAAUUCCCAAGGAUGAGUUCCCUCAGCAGUCAAAAGCAGCCACCUCGUCAUCUUCCUUCUCCACAUUCCCGGUUCUCAGGCCUUUGCUGACCACACUUCAAGGAGUGCAGGGUCAAUUCCCUGGACGGAGCCUCUUACUGGAAUUAAUAGAAAAUGAAUGUCCCUUUAACUCCUUGAGUUCUGACUUGAGCAGGACCCAGGAAGAUGGAGAAGCAGAUCCUCAUCAUUCUCCUGGCUGCAGCCUGCAGAAGCAUUAUGAGAGCCUCUGCAGAGGCAGAGGGCUUCCCCCAGCAGCUCCCCGUCUCAGGGGCCCAGGAUGUUCGCCCACGCUUUAAGAGAGAUUGGAUUUGGAACCAAAUGCACAUCCAGGAGGAGAUGCCAGGCAAUCUCCCUCAUCACGUGGGCAAGAUCACAUCAAGUGUGAACAGCAAGAAUGCCAGGUAUGUUCUCAAAGGGCCCGAGGCCGGCAAAGGCAAACUCUUUGGAGUCAGUGAACAGACUGGAGACGUCUAUGCUUUUGAGAGGCUGGACCGGGAGAAGAAAUCAGAAUAUCACCUCACUGCAUACAUUGUGGACAAAGACACCAAUGCGAACUUGGAGCCACCCUCCAACUUCACGAUUAAAGUUCAUGACGUGAAUGAUAAUGCCCCCGUAUUUGCACAGAGAGUUUUCAACGGCUCAGUGCCAGAGAUGUCAGCUGUUGGAACUUCAGUCACCAGAGUCACCGCCGUGGACGCAGAUGACCCUACCGUGUUAGGCCAUGCCUCGGUUUCCUACAAUAUAAUUCGUGGCAGAGAGUAUUUCACCAUCGACAGCUCUGGCACCAUCUUUACAGCUGUGAAUAACCUAGACCGAGAAAAGCAAUCAAAGUAUGAGAUUGUGGUGGAAGCCAGAGAUGGCCCGGGACUCCACGGGGAGUCCAGCACAGCCACAGUGGUUAUCACCGUGAGUGACAUCAAUGACAACUUCCCAAUCUUCACCGAAACAAAUUACAAAUUUGUGGUUCCUGAAGAUAUUCGAGUGGGAAGCCCCCUGGGGUCCCUGACUGUCGAAGACCCUGAUGAGCCCCAGAACCGAAUGACCAAGUACAGCAUCGUCCAAGGAGAAUACAGGGACACCUUCGUCAUUGAACUCGAUGCUUCCAGGAACCAAGGCAUCAUCAAACCCAUGAAGCCCCUGGAUUACGAGCACAUCAAAGAAUAUAGCUUCACCAUCGAGGCAACGGACCCAACAAUUAACCUCCGGUACCUGAAUAACGUUCCCUCAAAGAACCUAGCUGUUGUUCACAUCAAUGUCACUGAUGUGGAUGAGCCUCCAGUCUUCUCUCAACGUUUCUACCACUUCAAGCUGAUGGAAAACCAAAAGAAACCUAUAAUCGGCUCAGUGUUAGCCAAGGAUCCUGACGCAGCUCAAAGGAACAUUGAAUACCACAUCCGGAAGACCAGCGAUAGAGGACAAUUUUUCAAAAUCUCCAAGCAGGGUUACAUUUCCAAUCUUAAGGAAUUAGACCGUGAAAUCUACCCUUGGUAUAACCUGACUGUUGAAGCCAAAGAGAUGGAUCUUCAUGGGAAACCCACUGGCCUAGAAUCCAUUGUUCAAGUUCACAUAGAGAUCCUGGAUGAGAAUGACAAUGCCCCAGAGAUUGCACAACCCAAUGAUGCAAAAGUGUGCGAGAAUGCUGCCCCCGGAACAUUAGUCACAAGGAUCAUGGCCACAGACAAGGACGUAACACCACUGGAUGUGAAGUUCAAAUACUCCCUGAGCAAAGAGGACAGCAAUUUUACCCUGACAGAAAAUCGAGACAAUUCAGCCAACAUCACAGUGAAAUAUGGUCAGUUUGAUCGGGAGAGAGCCAAGGUUCACUACCUUCCUGUGGUCAUUGCUGACAAUGGGAAACCCAGCCUUACAGGCACCACUACCCUUGUCAUCACAGUCUGCAAAUGCAAUGACCAUGGGGAGCCCACGUUCUGUGAAGAGCCAGCCAGGACGGUUGGAGUGAGCAUCCAGGCCCUUGUGGCCAUCUUUCUGUGCAUCCUCACCAUUGGUGUGAUCACGCUUCUCAUCAUCCUCCGUCGACGGUUAAAGAAACAGGACAGAGCUCAAGGCAAGAAUGUAGCAGAAAUUCACGAGCAGCUGGUCACCUACGAUGAGGAAGGCGGUGGAGAGAUGGAUACCAACAGCUAUGAUGUAUCUGUGCUCAACUCAGCCUACAAGAGCAGUGGAAAGCCACCAGGAGGGAAGCCACCCCGGUCUGCCCUAGAUGCACGGCCUUCUCUCUAUGCUCAGAUCCAGAAACCUCCCAGGCCUGCUCACCCCCCAGCUGUAAGUGGGGAGAUGGCUGUCAUGAUUGAGGUGAAGAAGGAUGAGGCGGACCAUGAUGGCGGUGGACCCCCAUAUGACACACUCCACAUCUAUGGCUAUGAAGGAGCUGAGUCCAUCGCCGAAUCACUCAGCAGCCUCGUCACAGACUCCUCAGAUUCAGACAUUGACUAUGACUUCUUGAAUGACUGGGGGCCCAGGUUCAAAAUGUUAGCUGAGCUAUAUGGCACCGAGCCUAGCCAGGAACUGUUAUAUUAAAGUCACCACUGACUGGGGGCUCUGAAGGACAAGAGUCGUCAGAGGCCAGCCACCAUUGGCACCGACGGCCGAGUUCUCACGCUAGGGAUCAACAAAACCCCUUUCAUUUGGAUCCCAGAAACCAGCCCCUUUGCAGGAAAAGAUCCAAAUCCCCAAGGUAACCUGAAAGAAACCAUAAGGAUAGACAUAGCCACUUUUUAAUUUCUUGCACAUAAUAGAUACUCAAUAAUGGCUUGUUGAAUUCACUUGAAUUUGGAAGAUGUAGAAAAAUAACUGAGUAUAAUCGCACACCUCAUCCUCCAUUUAUCCACACCUCUGGAGAGGCAGUGAGAUGUGGUGGAUAAAACCCUGGAUUUGUACCCAAGUUCAAAUUUUGCCUCUGCUAAUCACUACUCAAAAAUGUGAAAAAGGCACUUCUCUGGGCCUCAAUUUCCUCUUUUGCAAAAUGAAGUGGAUGGACUGGUUGUUGUCCUUCGGUGCUCAAAGA